CUGCUUUACGGCAAGGUGGCUAGGUGGGUGGGGGCGGUCUGGCGACGUUUCGCGAUGGCAGACGCUGGCGAGCCCGGCACCUCCGCGUCGCUCCGCUCCCGCUUCGAUGGGGCCGCCUCGCGGGUCUCCGUGCUGGCGUCCAGCCUGCCCAGGGACGCGCUUCUGCAGCUGUACGCGCGGUACAAGCAGGCUUCCAUUGGCAAAUGCAACACAACUAAGCCAGGCUUGUUUGACUUUGAAGGCAAGCAAAAAUGGGAGGCAUGGAAUGCACUGGGAGCCAUGUCAAAAGAGCAGGCUAUGACUGAAUAUCUCGCUCUAGUCAAUAAACUGGAUCCCCAGUGGUCGGAGCAGGUGAAUUUGGAAGGGAACCGCAAAGUCACCUCGGGCUUUGGCCCCGUUAUGAGCUCACUCUACAAGGAGGAGAUCAUCAGGGAGGAGGACAAGACUGUGUUUGAUCAUUGCAAAGAUAAUGAGGUUAACCGACUGGCAGCAGCCCUCAAGCAAGAUGCCUUUGACAUAAACCAGCGAGAUGAGGAGGGACGCACACUGCUCCACUGGGCCUGUGAUCGCGGGCACCUUGAGACGGUGGAACUUCUGUUGAAGCGUGGCGCAAAUGUCAACUCGCAGGACGAUGAGGGACAGACAGCUCUGCAUUAUGCGUGUGGCUGCGACUUCCCAGCCACCGUUCGUCUCCUCCUGGCAUUUGGUGCUGACCCAUCGAUCCCCGACUCGGAGGGGACGCUACCCUCCCAGCUGGCCGACACCGCGCAAACCGCACAGGCCCUCACGCAGACAGGAUAGCACUGCCCACACUCACUCACUGCAGGCUCCCUCAACACGGUAAUCAACGCUACUCUUCUCGCACCACAGACGUGCUCGCUUUGGAUGGCAGAUGCCUGAUUGGGCUGGCACCAUUCGCGUGUUCACGCAGACUCCCACUAGCACCACAGGCCGUGUUUGUAUGACCAGUUUUGAGUAGGUUGAGCGUGGAUACUGCUGUCAUUCUUCGUUUAAUUUGUAUCCUUUAUCCACCUUGAUUAGACCUAGUUUAUAAGUGUAGAGAGUUGAUGGUCCUCAGCCUGGUCACCAAUGGUCACUUAAUUUGGAAUAUUUAAGUUUUGAUUAAUAUAAACAUCACCGGUAUGGCAAAACACUCUUGCGAGCUAUACAGCAUUGCAACUUGUGACUUGGCAGGAAGAUUCGUGAUGUCACGUUCCAGUGCCAUUCUCGGACAAUAUGUAAUGUUACACUGCUCGCUGUGAGAGUUUUUGAAAGGUCAUUGCUUUUCUCAAGAGCGCAAUGGCUGUAAACAUCAAACGGAAUUCAUGGGAGAGAAAGAACCUCGGCAUCGGUGGCUGGGCUUGUCACCUGCUCCGUAACCCAAGUGGUUUAAAGUUCCAUUUCGUCUAGUUUAUUAGUCUCUUGUUAUGUUUCAUUUUUUAUCUAAGCUGUUCUGAGUUUCAAACUAUUAUUACAAGUGCGCAGCACAUUACCCACCUGUAGCCAACAAGGAGGUGGGGUUUGUUUUUUCCAGUCAUACAACUUAAAACAAAGAUACCCCGUAUAGCCUAAACGGACUGUUGGGGCAAGUGCUGGUAGCGAGUAGCACCUAUGAAGGCCAGAACGGCACACAAGGGGGUGGGUGGCCAGCACCACGCCUGACCGCCUUUGUCUCUCUAGUGGCGAUAUUUACGCAUCGCACCAGAUAUUCAUUUGAGGCUGAGUCGACCUAGGGGAUGCCCAGGACCGAUUCAGAUAAUCAUCACUGGUGUCGGCCGUGAGCGGGAAUGGAACUUGGGGGACGUCGGGUUUGUAGCGCAGCACACUAACCGCUACACUACCGCUCCCCACAAUACAAACUAAACACACACCCACAUGCAUAUGUAAACACUUAUACACACUUUUGUAUAUAAUUACACUCUAGGGCACAAUCACGGCACAGUCACGUAAAUAGUACAAAGAUUAAGAUCCUCCUCAUAGCCUUUAACACAAUGCUGGGAUGGCGCUGUUAAUAACAUUCACAGCCCUUUGCCAAUCCACUGCUAGAUGAAAACCUCCAAAGGUCACGUCAGCCAUUGGGUUUGAUUGAUCAUACUUCACCACAUUGAUCAUUGCGAGUUGGUGAAGGGAGGCCCGAAACUGAUGUAGAUUUCACUACAAACUGACGUUAGCUGUGGCUGGGAAUAUGAACUCGGGCCACUGGGCUCAUAGCACAAUGCAUUAACCACUGUGCCGCCACUCCCCACAAACAAUGCAAAUAUAUACAUACACACACACAAUACAAACGUAUAGACAAUACACUUCUACACAUUCAUACAUAAACACACAUUUUAAACGUUCGCAAGUAGUUUUGCACAAGCAUCGCUCCGACGCGUAAAUAUUCACGUGCAAAAUCACACUCUCAUACGAUCAGUGGUCACAACGUAAAUGUAGAAGUGCCGGUGUGAAACCUAUUCAUCCUCAACCCAAUGUUUGACUGCCCUCUCCCCUCUGCGGAGACAUCGUAGAAUAGGAACCGUUCUGAAAUGUACUGGUAGAAAGGACUGGUGUUUUGAGAUGUUCCGGUAUAUUUCCACCACUGUUUCCGAUAACAUAUACACUUAAACCCACAUACACACAGAGUGACACGCGGUGUAGAAAAACAUAAACACGCGUACAAAAUAGAGGGAGGCCGUGCAAGUUUAUAAACACGGCUCUGGUCCUCUUUACAUGCCGACCACUUAAAACUGGUCAUGGAAAUAAAAUGUUUGUAUGUAUGAAGCAGGCUUUAUGCACUUACAUGCAUGUACACAGCAAGUCCUCGUUUAUCGCACUAGUCAUAUAUGCGGUUCUGAAAAGUGCAGCAUUUAGCGAAAACGGCAUUCAGUGAAAACUAUUCCCCCAUAAAUGGAGCGAUAACAUUUGGCCAGAUACAAUGGAUGCACACACAACGCGAAAGCGGGACCAAUAGCUGAGGGUAUGGACCGACGUGUUACCGUAUCUUUCCACGUAGCGUAUCACUGCACCGCUCAGCCACACAGCCUCGCAUAGCCAUCCACACACUUUACCGGUCACAGCGAAUACUUACAAAUGAGCGCUUACACACAAGUCUACUCCCCCAACCCUGUGAUGUACAUAUAUUUCAGUGACGUAUUAAUAUAGCUCCAAUGACAGCAGGAUAUUGAUGAUUGAAAAAUAAAAUGUGUACUCAUUCGGCCCAUCAUUGUUUUUGCGACUGUGACAUUAAUUUAUUUCCUUAAUUUAAUUAUUUUUAAUUGCAUGCCGUUCACAAUUCUCUUUGGAACGAUUAACACGAGGUCACCAGUCCAAAGAACGUGUGGUGUAUAAAUGGGUACGUUAUGCAAGCCGUUUUAAUAAAAAAACAAAUACACAAG